AAUGAAGCAAACACUUAUAGCGAUGGAUUAUAUACACAGCAAAUGUAAAAUUAUUCACACAGAUUUAAAGCCAGAAAAUGUUCUCUUGGAAUUACCAUUCGAUUUUUAUACAUCAAAUGACUACACAUGGAGUGAACAAUAUGGAUUUUUUAAAAAUAGAGCCUCAGCCGCAUCUACUUCAAAAGCAACCUCAACAACCUCAACUUUAGAUAACUCUAAAGAUGUCCAAUUGAGUGAUGAAAGUGAUUUCAGUGACAGUGAUAGCGAUACCGAAAAUAAUAGCAGAGAUAAAAGAAAUAGUAAUAAUAAAAAUAGCGAAAAUAAAAAAAAUAACAAUAAUGAAAACAACAGUAAUAACGAAAAUAAAAAUAAUGAAAACGAACAACAACAGGAUAGUAAUAUUAGUGGCGAGUUUAAAUUUGAAAAUGGUACAAGUUAUAAAAGCAAAAUAAAUAACGAAUUAUUUAAUGAAAAUCAUUAUCCAAAAGCUCAACUGGUUGAUUUAGGUAAUGGCUGUUGGACCGACAAACAUUUUACAGAUGAUAUUCAAACACGUCAAUACAGAGCACCAGAGGCAAUAGUAAAAGCUAAGUGGGGUACACCAGUGGACAUAUGGAGCGCAGCAUGCAUGGCAUUCGAGUUAGCAACAGGGGAUCAUUUAUUUAAACCAAAGUCCGGCAAAGGGUUUGAUAAAAGUGAUGAUCAUUUGGCUUUAAUGAUCGAGCUUUUGGGUAAACCACCAAAAUUCAUUUUCGCAAAUGGUGAGGAAUCUAAAAAUUACUUUAAUCACAGGGGUGAACUAAGAAAAAUCCCACACCUUUCCGAACAAUGGCCUCUUUUUAAUGUUUUGGUAGAGAAAUAUAAAUUUUCAAGUAAAGAAGCAAAAGAAUUUGAAUCUUUCUUGUUACCAAUGCUCAACUAUUUACCAGAUAAAAGAGCUACUGCAAAAGAUUGUCUUCAACACCCUUGGUUAACAAGUGUUCCACCAUUUAUAAAUUAAAUAUAAAUUAAAAAAUAAAUAAAAAACUAAAAAACUAAAAAUAU